ACAGGCAAUUAACAUGCUUCCUUCGCUAACAAGGCUCGAUUUAUUUGGUUGUGGACUUUUCAUCGAUCCUCAUCUUUCACAGGUCAAUUUCACAUCUCUUUCUUUCCUUGACCUCAGUGGAAAUAGUUUCAACAACUACAUGGUCCCUUCUUGGCUCCAUAAUCUUACUGGUCUCCAUGAUCUUGAUCUUAGCUCUAAUAAUCUUUCUGGUCCAAUUCAUGGCCUAUUCGAACAAAUGACCUCUCUAGUUGAUCUUGAUCUAGAGGACAACCGCUUUGAUGCAUCAACGUUGAAGUCACUUUGCAAUGUGAGCAGUCUUAAUUUUUUGGAUCUGAGUUCUAAUGACAUGCAAGGAUCAAUACCAAAUGAAAUAGGCCAACUUUCGAAGCUGCAAUCAUUGUUAAUUUCUUCCAACUCAUUAACUGGUGUAUUAUCUGAAGACCAUUUUGCAAAACUCGGAGAGCUAAAGUCAUUGGACCUAUCUGGAAACUUAUUCGCUCUGAAUGUGAGCUCCUGGUGGGUUCCUCCUUUUCAACUCCAAGAUAUUAUGAUGUCAUCCAUCAAAGUAGGCCCCCUAUUUCCUGCUUGGCUGCGAACGCAAAAGGAGGUUCAAUGGUUAGAGAUGAAGAAUGCGAGUAUUUCGGAUAGCAUACCCAGCUGGUUUGGAGUGCUUUGUUAUGAUAUUGUAUUAGUAGAUUUCUCGGACAACAACCUGACUUGGAAUCCGUUGGAGUUCAAACAAAUGAAGAAGAGUCCUCCUGAUGGUAAUUCUCCAAGCAUAGUUCUAAAGUCCAACAAAUUGGAUGGAUCUCUCAAAUCGUUUCCGUCUUAUAUUUACGAAUUAGAUCUUUCACAAAAUUUUCUUACUGGACAUAUUCCUUUGCCUGAUGUUGGCCAAACUGGUGCUUCUACUGGUAUUCUCAUGCUCAAUGAUAAUCAUUUCACAAGUAGUAUCCCAGAAGACUUGUGCAAGUUGGAAAACUUACAUUAUCUGGAUCUAUCCAACAAUUUCCUGUCCGGAAGAGUUCCUCUGUGUUUGGGAAAUUUGCCAAACCUGUGGGUUCUAAACUUGGCAAAUAACAGUCUAUGCGGUCAAAUUCCGAGUUCACUGGGCAACUUGGGGCAACUUUGGAUUCUGCAUUUGAAUCGAAAUAAAUUCGUUGGGAAUCUCCCAUCCUCAAUGCAGCGUCUAGGCAAUUUACAAAUUCUUGAUCUCGGUGACAAUGGACUCACGGAUAUUAUACCAACAUGGAUUGGGGAAAGGCUAUCAAAUUUAAAGUUUCUAAGAUUUCAGUCGAAUAACUUCCAUGGAGUCAUUUCUGAUGAGCUCUGCCUACUCUCAAGUCUUCAGGUGCUGAACCUAGCGCAUAAUAAUUUAACAGGAUCUAUUCCUCAUUGUUUUAUCAACUUCUCAAUGAUGGUAUCAAGUGAACCAGGGACUGAUCUCGACGCAUUCGGCGAUUCCACCUGGCUUCAAAACAUCAAGGGAGCAGGAGAACUUGAGUACUCCUCUGGGCAACUUUUGCUCGUUAAAUCCAUAAGCCUCUCAACAAAUAAUUUAGUGGGUGAGAUCCCUGAUGGGAUAAUGGAUCUGGUUGAUUUGCAAACUUUGAAUCUUUCACAUAAUCAUUUGACUGGAAGGAUCCCCGAGAAGAUUGGCAACUUGAAGCAUCUUGAGUCACUUGACCUAUCGAUGAAUGAACUCUUCGGUGCAAUCCCUGAAAACUUAUCUGCUUUAAACUGGUUGGAAGUCCUGAAUUUGUCACACAAUAAGCUAUCAGGGCCAAUACCAUCAGGAAGUCAACUUCAGACCUUAACCGAUCCAUCCAUUUAUGAAGGAAAUAGUGGACUUUGUGGCAAGCCACUCCCAAACACCUGUCUGGAAAACAAAUUGCCUACUGAAAAUGGGCCUAUUCAUGAUGAUGAAGGCAACGGAGAGUCUGAUUGGUCUUGGUUUUAUGCUGGUAUAGGACCCGGUUUUGCUGCCGGGCUCUUGGGAGUUUUGGGAAUCCUUAUUUUCAAGGUGUCAUGGCGCUAUGCAUACUUCAGGUUUCUGGAAAAUGCCUAUGACAAAAUCUGCGUAAUGAUUGCAUUGAAGACUGCUCACCUGAGGAGGAACUUCCUUUGAGCCCUACAACUAUCCAAGUGCUUGUUGCUGUUGUUGAAUCAGUCAGAAUGAGCAAUAUCUUCCAGGUGAUUUGAGAAGCAGUAGUAGUUUUACUAUAUUUUUUGUAUGGUUAUAUUUUGAAUAUUCAGUUUUGUUUGGCAUCUCCGGAUGUAAUGUGAGGAUUAGACCUCCUUUGAUUUGCCAUGUAUUAUACGUCAAAAAAAAGUUA